AUGGCGUACUAUGAUUAUGAGUUAAACACCAGACAAUAUGUAAAAGAUAAUGAGGCUAGCAUCAGACAAUAUGUGGAUGAUAACGAGUCUUACAUCAGACAAUACGUAGAUGAUAACGAGUCUAACAUCAGACAAUAUGUAGAUGAUAACGAGUCUAACACCAGGCAUUAUAUAGAUGAUAAUGAGUCUAACACCAGACAUUAUGUAGAUGAUAAUGAGUUAAACACCAGACAAUAUGUAAAUGAUAAUGAGGCUAGCAUCAAAGACAAUAUGUGGAUGAUAACGAGUCUUACAUCAGACAAUAUACAUUAUGUAGAUGAUAAUGAGUUAAACACCAGACAAUAUGUAAAUGAUAAUGAGGCUAGCAUCAGACAAUAUGUGGAUGAUAACGAGUCUUACAUCAGACAAUAUGUGGAUGAUAACGAGUCUAACAUCAGAAAAUAUGUAGAUGAUAACGAGUCUAAUAUCAGACAAAAUGUAGAUGAUAACGAGUCUAACAUCAGACAAUAUGUAGCUGAUAACGAAUCUAACAUCAGACGGUAUGAAGAUGAUAACGAGUCUAAAAUCAGACAAUAUGUAGAUGAUAACGAGUCUAACAUUAGACAAUAUAUAAUUGAUAACGAGUCUAACAUCAGACAAUAUGUAGCUGAUAACGAAUAUAACAUCAGACGACGGUUUGAAGAUGAUAACGAGUCUAACAUUAGACAAUAUGUAGAUGAUAACGAGUCUUACAUCAGACAAUAUGUAGCUGAUAACGAGUCUAAUAUCAGGCAAUACGUAGAUGAUAACGAGUCUUACAUCAGACAAUAUGUAGAUGAUAACGAUUCUAAUAUCAGACAACAUGGAGACGAAAACGAGUCCAACAUCAGACAAUAUGUAGAUGAUAACGAGGCUAACAUCAAACAAUAUGUAGAUGAAAACGAGCUUAACAACAGACAAUAUGUAGAUGAUAACGACUCUAACACCAGACAAUAUGUAACUGAUAACGAGGCUAACAUCAGACAAUAUGUAGAUGAUAACGAGUUUAACAACAGACAAUAUGUAGAUGAUAACGAGUCUAAUAUCAGACAAAAUGUAGAUGAUAACGGGUCUAACAUCCGACAAUACGUAGAUGAUAACGAGUUUAACAACAGACAAUAUGUAAAUGAUAACGAGUCUAAUAUCAGACAAAAUGUAAAUGAUAACAAGUCUCACAUGAGAGAAAAUAGGAUAACGAGUCUAACAUCAGACAAUAUGAUAGAUGAUAACCAGUCUAACAUCAGACAAUAUGUAGAUGAUAACGAGUCUAACAUCAAACAAUAUGUAGAUGAUAAUGAGUCAAACACCAGACAAUUUGUAGAUGAUAACAAGUCUAACAUAGGAGAAAAUGCAGAUGAUAACGAGUCUAAAAUCUGA